AUGUAAAAAAAAUAAGUCAAUGAUAAUGAGGAUAGAUAUAAAGGAGAGGCAGGUAAUUUCUAAUCUUUAGAAAGUGAUGAUGGUCCAGGACCAAUGAAAUCUGUUGAAGGAUGGAUUCUUAUUGCCAAAGGAAUUCAUGAAGAAGCUUAAGAAGAUGAUUUAUUUGAUGCCUUCAGCAAAUACGGUCCAAUUAAGAAUCUCCAUUUGAAUCUUGACAGAAGAACUGGUUUUGUUAAAGGUUAUGCAUUAAUCGAAUUUAGUGAUUUCGCCCAUGCUUAAGAUGCUUUGAAUGGUGUUAACAAGUCAGAUGGAAUUUAUGGUAAAAAAGUUCAAGUUGACUGGGCAUUUAAAAAACCUUGCAAAAAAGGUGCUUUGAAACCAACGAAGAAAUAAUAAUGA